AUGGCUACCAUAACUUGUUUUUCUCUCUGCUUUUCUUACAUCACCAUCCUUAACCUCGUGUAUACGUGGGCUCAAUCUGAUAACUAUAUCAUCCACAUGGACUCAUCAGCCAUGCCCAAAGCAUUUUCCACCCAACACGCUUGGUAUUUGUCCACUCUUUCCUCUGCAUUAGAUAGUGCUCAAGUUACCGCCAAUGAUAAUAAUCUUAACACUGCUUCUUCUAAACUCAUAUACACCUACACCAACGCCAUGAAUGGUUUUAGUGCAAAUUUGUCACCAAAGGAAUUUGAAGCUCUCAAAACCUCCCCGGGUUAUAUUUCUUCCAUACCGGAUCUGCCAGCCAAGCUUGACACAACACACUCACCACAGUUCCUUGGCCUCAAUCCCACCACAGGGGCUUGGCCUGCUGCGAAAUUUGGUGAAGAUGUCAUUGUGGGUUUGGUGGACACAGGAGUUUGGCCUGAGAGUGAAAGCUUCAACGAUGAAGGGAUGCCUAAUAAACCUCCUUCACGAUGGCAUGGCAAUUGUGAAAGUAGUAUCAAAUGCAACAAGAAGCUCAUUGGAGCUCGGUUCUUUAACAAAGGGUUGCUUGCUAAUGGUGUGGAAGCCAAAUUGGGCUCAAUUGUGAACUCAACUAGGGACACAGAUGGUCAUGGGACUCACACAUCUUCCACUGCAGUUGGGAGACAAGUUGACAAUGCAUCAUUCUUUGGAUAUGCCAAUGGAUCAGCGAAUGGAGUAGCAUCAAGGGCCAGGUUAGCCAUGUACAAGGUCGUAUGGGAUGAUAUGAUUUCCACAUCUGAUGUAAUAGCUGCAAUUGAUACUGCAAUAUCAGAUGGGGUUGAUAUUCUUUCCUUAUCACUUGGCUUUGAUCAUGUACCCUUGUUCGAUGACCCUGUUGCUAUAGCAACAUUUGCAGCCAUGGAUAGAGGUAUCUUUGUGUCCACAUCAGCCGGGAAUAAUGGGCCUGGUGGUGGAAGUCUACACAAUGGAAUACCAUGGGUCAUAAACGUGGCUGCUGGCAGUUUGGAUCGAGAAUUUCACGGGGCUCUUACUCUUGGCAAUGGUGUCAACAUAUCUGGCUUGUCACUCUAUCUAGGAAACUUCUCAGCACACCAAUUUCCUAUUGUUUUUAUUCGUUCGUGUGACAAUUUAACGGAACUGGCCAAUGCACGUAGCAAGAUUGUGGUGUGUGAGGAUUUGGGUGGAAGCCUCUUCGAUCUAGUGUCUACUAUAGAAACUGCAAAUGUUUCGGCAACAGUGUUCAUUUCAAGUGCCACCGAUAUUUCAUUUUUUUAUUCGCAAAAUGUUGCAGCCAUCAUCAUAAACCCGAGAAAUGGAGAAAUUCUCAAAGCCUACAUCAAGAGUAACUCUGAUGCAAAAGCAGAUAUGUCUUUUAAGAUAACAGCUUUAGGUAUUAAACCAGCACCAAGUGUGGAUUUUUACAGUUCUAGAGGACCAUCAAGUAGCUGUCCAUUUGUGUUGAAACCGGACAUCACUGCUCCUGGUACAUCAAUCUUAGCUGCAUGGCCUCAAAAUCUUCCAGUGUCAUUGUCUGGAUCACAAACCCUUCACAAUAACUUCAAUUUUUUGACUGGAACAUCCAUGGCAUGCCCUCAUGUGGCAGGUGUGGCAGCAUUGUUAAGAGGAGCACAUCCUGAUUGGAGCCCUGCGGCUAUUAGGUCAGCCAUUAUGACAACAUCGGAUAUAUUCGACAAUACUAAGGAACUCAUCAAAGACAUUGGUCAUGGAAACAAACCAGCUUCUCCUCUAGCCAUGGGCGCCGGUCAUAUCAACCCCAACAAAGCCCUAGACCCUGGACUUGUUUACGAUGUGGGAGUUCAAGAUUAUGUCAAUCUUCUCUGCGCAAUGAACUUCACUCAACAGAACAUCACAACCAUCACUAGAUCCUCUUCCAACAAUUGUUCCAAGCCUUCUUUGGAUCUUAACUACCCUUCUUUCAUGGCUUUCUUCAGUGACAAUGGUUCUUCAAACGAGUCAAUGGUAAAUUGGGAAUUUCUGAGAACAAUGACCAAUGUUGGGGAGGGACAAACAAUCUAUUCUGCUAGCGUUACACCAAUCAAAGGGUUUAAUGUCAGAGUCAUCCCAAGCAAGUUGGUGUUCAAAGAGAAGAACGAGAAGCAAAGUUACACGUUAAGAAUUCAAGGUCCAAAAAUGGAGGGUUAUGGGUACAUCACUUGGACUGACGUGAAACAUGUGGUGAGGAGUCCUAUUGUUGUCACCAGUCUACCAUCCUUGCAAUCAAUUUCCGUGUAG